UAUGCCCCUCGAGUUCUCUUGCAUGUUGGUUUGUUCAUUCGUUCGUCGGCACAGUAGCUUGUUCCAGGGCCAGACCAGACCAGACCAAAGGCGACCACUCAACUACAGUACACGCUCCUCGUCAUCUUCUCAUCUUCUCAUUCAUCCACUUAUUCACUUCGCACCCACAUGAUUACCCUCCCCUUAUCUGGUAUAUCCUCGCGCAAACGUCCCCCAUCAUCCUCGCCUACCGAGACCCUCUCGAUCCAUUCGCAGUGCGCAAAGAGGCUUGCAACUCCCGAAGUGCAUGCUCGCGACACCCCCCGCAUCCUCGCAAUAGAGCACAGCAUUGCCGCAUGCUGUAUCCAUAGCCGGCCUGCAUAACUCGUCACCGACAAGCCCUGCCUGCUGCUGUCAUCAUCACCCCCCGUCCUGUUUCAUUUGCGCCUGUUUGAUCCUCUGCCUGUCCGCCUACCUGCCUGCCUGCCUGUUGUGCAUGUUGCCCGCCGUUCCCACGCUCCUGCACCCUUCACUGCAGUAGAGUAGGUACUCUGCUCGACUCUACCGCGCAGCCUCGACACCACCCACCGUCCAGUCUCUGCCCUUCCUUUCUGUGUCUCUUUUCCGUCUUUUUUUUCUUUUCGGUUUUGUUCAUCGCUGCGCAAGAAGACCAUAAGGGUCCUGGCUGUCGUUGUGUGGGACACCCAGACUUCGAUGGCCAGCUCAUCCCCCCACGCCCAUAGCGAGCACCAUUUCGCCACCAACACAGACAGCGCAACCUCCUCCUCUACCUCUCCCGCCGUCGCCGUUUCUAUCGCGAUACCUUCUUCUGCCUUUCCGACCCAUCCGGACCCAUUCCAACAGGAUACCAGUGAGCCGCCUUCACCCAACGGCAUCUCGGCCGCCGCUAUACUCGCCACUUUGUCUGAUAGCAGACCCCCGACCGGCCACGUCGGGCAUGUCCAGACCCUGUCAGACGACGAUGAUGAACCUGGGGGUGUGUCUCUGACAGGCUAUGCAGAGAGCUUCGGCGCUCCAGACGUCCUUCUUGACUCACAUCAUGCCCCUGAAAUACCCAGCGACAUCGCUUCAGUGCACAUGGAACAGACACCGCAAACUGCUGUGGAUCAGCAUGCCGCUGCCCUAGAAGCCCUCACCAUGGAACCUUUACCCAUUCCUUCUCUAUCCACUCCCCUCUCCGACGUCCCCAACACUUUUUUCGUACCGCUUCCAACCUCUGGUCAUCAAGAUUUUGCGCCGAGCACAUACGAAGAGCAUCUGAGCAUUCACGACACGGCCGCUUUCAUAGACAUCACCAGCUUCUUCCAGUACUAUGCGCAAUUACCCAAAGGCUUUUGGCCCUCUCUGGACCUUGUACAUCCUCCGGAAGUCAUCAAUCGCAAUGACUUGAACGGGGAGAGAUGCGACUUUCAAGGCAUCGAUUGGUCCGAACGUACCUCUCGUUCAUAUGUUCGUGCUCAAAGGGAAGAGUUUGAACGGUCGAGAAUACAGCACAAACUCUAUGCGGGCCAUGGCCUGACGUUUCCGUGGCGACUGCGCAAUUCCGAGAACUACUUCUCCUUCCGGCGAAUGAAUACACAACAUCGCGUCAUAUAUCCCCAUUUCCAAUUGCGCAAUCUCAUGACUGCAUUGUCGAGAAACGACAUCAUCUAUGCGACUAAACAGGCUAUAGUGCGAACGGAUGCUAUGGGAUCGCCUGCCGUACCUAUAAUCGACCUCCAGAAACGAAUGGUGAAUGGCCAAAAGAGCCAAGUGACCACCCUUGCUGCACAGGAUAAUGUUCUGGUUGCAGGCGGCUUCGAAGGGGACUAUGCAAUUGCAGACCUUUCCACCAAUGAUGAGACAUCAGUCCACUUAGGCAUGAUCAAGGAUUGCUCACCCGAGUCAAAGUCAUACAUUUCAAAUCACGUCCACUUGUUCAAAUCUAGGUCGACCUAUACUCCACAGGCUGUACUCUGUUCGAACGACUCUCGUCUCCGUGUCCUAGACUGCACGACCGACACUUUUGUGCAUUCGUUUGCGUACCCUGCAGCAGUGAACUGCUCUGCAACGAGUCCUGACGGUCGAAUGCGUGUCAUUGUCGGUGACUUCCAAGAAACCCUCAUCGCCAAUGCGGAAACAGGCCAGCCCUUCGAGACGCUCAACGCUCACGCCGACGAUGCGUUCGCCUGCGCAUGGGCGGACGAUGGCAUCCACGUCGCUUCAGCCGCCCAAGACUCGACCAUUGUAGUAUGGGACGCGAGAUACUGGGCAAAACCGCUCGCCCGCAUACCCUCAGAACUCUCCAUACCCCGCGUCCUCCGCUUCUCACCGAUCGGCAGCGGGCCCCGCGUUCUCGUAUCCGGCGAAGCAGACGACUACGUCAGUAUCAUCAAUGCGCAGACUUGGGAUUCGAAGCAGGUCUUUGACUUCUUCGGUCCCACAGCGGGAAUCAGCAUGACACCGGAUGGCCAAUCCCUCUUUGUUGCAAACGGAGAACGCCGCUUCGGCGGCAUCAUUGAGCUAGAACGCGCCGCUGGAUGGGCUAGUGCGCCUAACCACCCUCGCCGUGCGCACUCGAGGUGGAACAGCGGUGACGGCGGAGGUGUUGACGACGGGGUGGACUACGGAUACGAAGACGAAGACGCUGACUGGGGCGGCGAUUCGGAUAUGGAAGUUGACCUGCGCGCCGUGCACAAUGCGAGCGCCAGGGAUAGGAGAGCUGUUGCUUUGGGCGACUUUGUCAUAUAA